AUGGCGCUGCUGGCUAUGCUGACGCUGGAGGCCGUGGCGCUCUUUGGCUUUCUGUGCGCUUUGUUCAACGUCCUGCUGCCGCUCUCGGGUGUCCUCGUACGCUCGUUGCUGGUGGAUGUGCCCCAGCAGUGGCGAAAGUGGCUGCUGCAUCGCGCUCAACAGCGUGAGCUGCAGCGUCUCCAGUCUCGCGUCGACGCUUUGGCGUCCAAGAAACGAAUGGAGGAGGGACGAGAGACUCGGCGGCGCUUGCGAGCUCCGAGCGCGAAGAGGAGGCAGGCGGCUUAG